AAGACGGUGAAGAAGGCCGCCCGGGUGAUCAUCGAGAAGUACUACACCCGCCUGGGGAACGACUUCCACACCAACAAGCGGGUGUGCGAGGAGAUCGCCAUCAUCCCCAGCAAGAAGCUGCGUAACAAGAUCGCGGGGUAUGUCACCCACCUGAUGAAGCGUAUUCAGAGGGGACCUGUCCGAGGCAUCUCCAUCAAACUGCAGGAGGAGGAGAGGGAGAGGAGGGACAACUAUGUCCCCGAGGUCUCUGCCCUCGACCAGGAGAUCAUUGAAGUGGACCCGGACACCAAGGAAAUGCUGAAGCUCCUGGACUUCGGCAGCCUGUCCAACCUGCAGGUGACGCAGCCCACGGUGGGGAUGAACUUCAAAACGCCCCGAGGAGCUCUCUGAGUCAGUCGCUGUAUGUCAUUUUUCCAAUAAACGUGGGGAAACCA